AGGCGGGGAAGACAGAAAAGUGUGUGUAAAACGGAGUGAAGAAGGGGUGGGGGGAAACCUACUCUUAAAGCACAUUUCCAAAAACUCUGGCAAUUCAAGCCAGAAACAGGCUACGUUUCUGAAUGUAGAGACAAUGAAAAGCUCCAGAAAAACUUGCAAUCUCUGCCACAGCCUCAUAGGUGCUUGGAAAUGAAAGUAGAACUGCCUGUCUUUUAAACGGACUCAGAGGGGUGACUGGAUUAGGGACGGGCACGCCAGUUUUCUUUUCUUUCUUUUUUUAACAUCUUAAAUACUGAGGGGGGGAAGAGAAAAAAAAAAAAGAGGCAGCAGCUCCAAAUUGAAUGAAUUGAUGGGCACACUCCAACUGCUGGGCUGCAGAGACUGGACUUGGUCUUGCUAUUUCUGCUUCUUUGAAAGAGGAGACAACUUGGGCUUCUUUUUAAUUUAGUUUUUCUCCUUCUCCCCCCUCCACCCCAACCUCCCCCCCCCUUUACCUUCCCCCACCUCCCCUGUCCCCCCCACCCCACCCCACCCCCCAUUUAAAUAAGAGGGUGAAGGGGAACCAGAAGGCACAAGGGGACUGACUCGGGAGGCAGAGAAGAUGGGCAACCUCAGCGUACACUUGCUGAUCACACUGCAAAUUCUGCCAGUUUUUUUCUCCAACUGCCUCUUCCUGGCGCUCUAUGACUCGGUCAUUCUCCUCAAGCACGUGGUGCUGAUGUUGAGCCGCUCCAAGUCCACUCGCGGGGAGUGGAGGCGCAUGCUGACCUCAGAGGGAAUGCGCUGCAUCUGGAAGAGCUUCCUCCUGGAUGCCUACAAACAGGUGAAACUGGGUGAAGAUGCACCCAAUUCCAGUGUGGUACAUGUCUCCAGUUCUGAAGGUGACAGUAGCAGAAAUGGUACCCACGAGAAGACGAUUGAUGGGGCCGAGUGCCACCUUCUUGACUUUGCCAGCCCUGAGCGCCCACUGGUGGUCAACUUUGGAUCCGCCACUUGACCUCCUUUUACAAGCCAGCUGCCAGCCUUCAGCAAACUGGUCGAAGAGUUCUCCUCAGUGGCGGACUUCCUGCUGGUCUACAUUGAUGAGGCUCAUCCUUCAGACGGCUGGGCAGUGCCUAGGGAUUCUUCUUUGUCUUUUGAGGUGAAGAAGCACCGGAGUCAAGAAGACAGAUGUGCAGCAGCCCACCAGCUUCUGGAGCGUUUCUCCUUGCCGCCCCAGUGCCGAGUUGUGGCUGACCGCAUGGACAAUAACGCCAACGUAGCUUAUGGUGUAGCCUUCGAACGUGUGUGCAUUGUGCAAAGACAGAAAAUUGCUUAUCUGGGAGGAAAGGGCCCCUUCUGCUACAAUCUUCAAGAAGUUCGGGAUUGGCUGGAGAAGAAUUUCAGCAAGAGAUGAAAUCUAGUUUAGCUGAUAAAAGGUAUGACUGUCAUAGAAUUUUAUUUUAAUUAUAAAAAAGAAAGAAAGCUAAGAACUGAAUCCACUAUUUCGACUCAGUCCCAACGCCUCACAGAAAGACAGGAAUGUAUAUGCCAGAAGAAUAUGAACCUCUAACAUUUCAACACUUCUUUCACCAUCCAAAUGCCAGUUGGCUUAGUAGCUUGAUCACGUCUUUUUCUGCUGAGAAGUCUGGAGUGAAAGGGAUCCAAGGUGAAGAGGAAGAAAUCAGAAUGCGUUUUUAUCUGUCUUGAGAAAGAAGUGGUCCAGCUGAAGGGUACUUUGGGACAUGAAGAAAAGAUUGGUUUUCCUGAAUCGUUACUGUGUUAGGGAAACCUCUGCCUAUAUGAAUACGUGGGAUAUUGCCUUAGCGUUACUCAGCAUGGACAGAGUCCAACUGGAAAACUCACCUAAUGCUUAGUUAUAAUGGGUCUUACAUCCCUGCCAAGUGUUUAGGAACUUGGUGUUUGAUGUGUGAGGAGUAGCUUCUGAUGUUCAAGUUUCUAAGUGUGUAGUACUGUAUGUCAGUCUGUAUGUUCCAGAAUUCACAGGUAUCUUUGAUGAUACCAAGAAUGAUUUCUUAUCCUGAGUGUUAGAAUGAUCUUUUGAAGUCUAAGGGUAACUUUCUAAUCAGGUAGGGAAAACACUAGAAAAAAAAUAUCAAAUUGAAAAUAUAGGAAAAAUGAGGCAAACAGAUUCGGAGACGUCUUUGGAUUCUACUUUGAAUACUGGACUUGUAAGUUAGACAUAGACACAUGGGAACAUAUGCAAGGUUGAAAGAAGAGGCUUGACUAAAGUAGCAUAAAGAAUAAGUAGAAAAAUCAUAUGCUUAUGACCUAGUCUUCAGUAAAGGGAGAAAGAGUGAUUUAAAUGGAAAAGCACACUUCAAUUCUUGAGGAAGUGUGUGUGUGUGUGUGUGUGUGUGUGUGUGCGCGCGCGCGCGCGCGUAUGCACACACAUAUAUGUGUGAAUGUGCGUGUGAAGUUAAUUAUUCUUUGGGACACACUCGCAGUGUGUAUGUUUUCACCUAGUGAAUUAUACUCUGUAAUAACUAAGGUAAAAACCAGUGGGGUCAGUGGUGCUGAUCUAUCCCUCUCCAUUCCUAUAUAGAGAAUGUGGCCCCACUCAAUCUUCAUUUCUCUCUCUCUCUGUAUAUGUUAUAUAGAAUUUACUCUUCAGCUCAAUGAUACAUAUUCUCAGCUGCUGUUGGCAGGUUCUCUGGCCAUUCAGAUUAACAAUUUCUCUCCCAACGUAGGUGAACUGUAAUGAAUACUAGGUGCAAACUAGCUUUUCUUUAGUUUUCAAGUGGAGUAAGAAGAAGUUAGUGAGAGAAAUUCCCAUCAGUGAAUUUUGGAGAUUUUUAAUAUAAGGUGACCCUCAGUAACAGGGAAUUUAGAGAAAUAAAAUUCCCUUUUACAUCUGAAUUUGGACUUGGGUCUCCCUUUGUUCUUAGCUUAAUUAGCAAUUCUAGGCUUUGAUACUUUAUUAUUAUAAUGCUAUUUUAAUGUACAUACCAUAUUUUGUUCUAAAAUAGAGAAUAUAGUUUUAUCUAUAAGUUAUAUAAAGUAAUAUCUAGAUAUCAUCCCCUCUCCAAAAAUAGACAAACUGAUUUUGUACCAUAAAUUUUAUAUUGUAAAUUUAAGGAUGUUAUCAAAUUAUAGUGUGUGGUUGUAUUUAUAGAUACAAUCAAGUGUUCUUAUGACAUUCCAUUUAUAAUUGAACAUAAAAUUAACAGAAGAAAAUCUAAACUUGAAAAAUCUAAGUAUUAAAAUAUAUUCCUGAACUAGAGACCUAAAAUGAGGAAAAAGUGGGAACUGAGCAAGAACUAAAAACCCAUUUUUCAAAAUGUUGUAGCCACACUAUCAGUAUCUUAUAGUUUAAUAAAUAUCAUUUUAACUAAUCAACUCUCAGUCAAACAUCUAAACUUUCGAGUGUUUUAGAUUUUAUAAAUACACCUACAAAAAAAUUGAACAAGGUAAAUGUAUAAAUGUAACCUGAUUGAAUGAAUGCUGGAUAAUCGUAUUGGGAAGAGAUUCUUUCAGAAUCCUUAAUUGUUAAACUCUACAGUCAAGGCUUAUCAGUGACCCACUGAUGUGUAUCUACAGAAUUGUGUUGAGAUUUAGGUAGUCCCUAGAGAGGUAAAAAUAAAAACUUGUUGCUGCUUACUCACACUGUAGUCCUUAAAUUUCCCAUUUGGUCUACAUGUACAAAACUGAAACAGGAUGUUCGAGAAGUUGGUGGGGGGAUGAGAUAUAUGUAAUGCUGUGCUAGUUGACUGGGGAAUAAGUUGCUGGAAAAAUCACCCUGUUGUGAUUAGUUUUUACAGAAAGAGGUCUUGUGUAUGUGAAGUUUCUUUCCUUGAGGAAAAUUCAAUGGGGAAGUGAAGUAGCAUGCAUAAGCAAACAAAGGCAUAGGCUGAAUAUCAGGGAUAAAAGAUAUGUUCAUUAGAACAUAGAAAAGCUACUGGGAGAGAGAGACUGUUAAAGUGUCAAUGGAGAAGUGAAUUGACAAAGCUCAGGAAUCUUACAAUAUGUAGAAUGGCUUGGUAUUAUUAGAUAAAUCCUGAUAAAUCUGUAAUUAAAUAACUUAUUUAUCGCAACAUAAACUUUUAUGGUUUCUUGUGAUGUAUCUUUCAUAAAUUUAACAAAAGCUAAUUUUUGAGAUAGAGGGAAACUAAUGUUUGACUGAUAUGCUCAAAGGAAUUGUAAGAUUAUUAAUACCCAUCCCACCAACCCUAUCUAUUGUAAAGUAUGUUCCUUUGAAGUAGUGUAGCUCAGAUAUGCUCAGUUAUGUAGACAUAUGUAUACACACAUGUAUAUGUCUAUAUAAGUUUGAGUUACUAGUUAAAAGUUACCCAUCCCCCUUUCCAUAAGCCGUGUUUACAUAGAGCAAUCAGUUUAGUCUUAUAAAAAUGGAAUUGGCUUGAUUUACUGAAAUAGUUUCCAGGCAAUUUUAGAUAUUAUCAUAGCAUCUGGAUUUACUAAAGCAUUCAGAGUUUGAAAGACUUAUACCUUGGAACUAUUUAAAAACUUACUUAAUUUUAUUGACUAGAGAAAACAGUAACAACAAGUCUCACAACGGAUAUGUUACUGGUGCCCGCUUUGGCAAAAUCGAUGAAAAACGGGACGACAGUGCUACAGUGCUACAG